AUGGAAGAAGCCCAAGACUUUUCUCCGCUUUGUCGAGCCUGGAAAGAGACCGGAUAUCUACUCUUACCGGCGUCGUUCUACAAUCCCUCAACUUGGCUUCUCUUCCAUACAUUCCACGACGGAACCACAGUACAGAUAAGCACCCACAACUUCAACAAAGCUUACAAGAACCAGCCCUGGGCCACCGACGAAGAAAAGAAACAUUUCGAGGGGACGCUCGUCGAUCUCAGUGGACAGGGAUUGGGCGACAGCAAAACAUGGGUCAAAUAUGAUAUGACAAUAAAGGAGGCCAAGUCCAUGGGUUUCGAAAUCUUAAGAUAG